UGGACUUCAUCGGGAGAUAACUCUUAUAUGACUGGUUAUUUAAAAUAAAAUAAAAAGUCGUCGAAAUAUGGCAGUCCCAAAAGGAGAAAGCAUCAGUUCUCAAAUACAGAGUCGAAAACCACCUAAGAAACUGCCCACACAGAGGAAAGCAAGUAAUGCCAGUGGCAAGAUGCCUGUUUUAGCUCAACCAAUACAUGUCGGACAUUUUCUACUUAUGGUUGUCAUGAAGCUGUGUCGCAAAGUUUUGCUCAUGGAUAUCUCUGUUAAAAUCGGUAUCUAUGUCGUUGGUGUCUUUGUUGCUUCUGUGAUAGCUGAUUUGUUUGUUGUACCACCAAUGUAUUUCUCUCGGAGGGAUAAUUUAUUAAACCUCUUCUUCGUUAAUUUCGGUUGGAUAUGGACUGUAGUGAUGUUAUCCGUUUUUAUAUCGCUAACGAGUUACGUAUACACUGGGUGUAAUGUGAAUUUGGUUAAAAAGCAUUUAUUGCGCUUAGCUAUUGCCACCUUUUGGUGGUACGUUUGUACAACCGCUUUUGAUCAUAUUGCUCAGACGACAGGUAUCUGUACUGAAAUUAAGCUGACUACUAGGCAUAAAUGCAAACAAGCCGGUAGAGUUUGGCUUGCAUUUGAUGUAUCCGGCCAUGUGUUUUUACUGACGCAUAACUUGUUAACCAUCGUAGAAGAAUGUCGGGUUUUCAAAGACUGGAGAAGAUUACGCGAACUUUUACAGAAUCCUGAUGUUCAACAGAUGCGGAAAGUAAGUUCUGAGGAAGUUAAUUUAUCUAAGGAUGCCAACGAAAAGUUAACCCCUUAUAUUAAGGCGGCCAUCAUUAUGUUGACUUUGUUUACACUUGUUUGGGAAUUUAUGUUGCUAAUCACCAGUGUAUACCGGUUCCAUUCUCUUGCCGAGAAAGUUGCCGCAUCGAUGGUGUCUGUGAUAUGUUGGUUUAUUAGUUACCGUGUCAUUUAUCCAACUUAUUCGUAUACUAUUCCUUAUCCUGGACAAACUCCCUUUCGUUACAUGACCUAAGAUAUUUUCUGUUGUUAUAUCAAUCUUUAAUAAUAGACCUUAAGGCAAAUAAAUGGGAAUCAGACGUGUAUAUUGUACCUUGGACUCGUCCCUUCAGCCUUUCCCAACAAAAACUUGAUACCGCUUUCUGUAGUGAAAAAAAAAAAAAUUAUUUUCUAAGUCUGUUUCGUUUACAAAGUUCAGUCUAUUUCCAAAAGGUACUGACUGUGAAACUAAAAUACAACUGAAACAAAAUGAAAUAUUAAAUUCAACUAAACUUUAUUGGCGAUCCUUCAUAUUUAUUUAAUUACUUUAAAUGUCCGUGUGAAACCGAAAAGCCAUGACUAAAAUAAGGCAUAUUACGUAUGCAAAAUCAAAAGAAAAUACAAACAAAUCUGAAACAGUGUCGUUAAAUUAUUUUAAACACAAAAUUUUCUUCAACAAUUCAGUUGUCCAAGAUAUGUAUAUUUAAUAAUGUUUUUGAAAGGGAAUAACUACAGUUUAGUGCCCCCAACUUUGUUUCUUCCUCACUUUUUUAAUAGUGUAUAUAUUUUUUUAAGAUUUUGCAGAGGUACGCUUAUGAAAAUAUCAUUGCGAUAAAAGAAGUACAUACUUUUUUUUCGACCAUUCAAUAACUAAUACAGGAUCGUUGCACAGCAUACUGAUGUAAGAAACGACGUUUAUUGCACUACUUUCGAUAUGUAUUAUUUAUAGUAGGUUAAACACAAAUUCGAAAUGUUAUUGCCAUGCUUCCAAUUUUGAUGUUGAUAAUAAACCAAGAUAAUGUCAGACUUUUUUUCUCUUUGGUUAUAAUCGUAUGGCUUUCUUUCGUUUCUAACUAAUUUUUUUUUUUAAAUUCAAUUUUAAUUUCCGUCAACAAUAUUGUAAUCUAUACUUUCAAAAUGUACCCCUGUAAAAUUGUGUUAUGACAAAGUUGUAGAGGGUGCACUAAACUGUAAUUAUACUUUGGAAGUAAACAAGGUUAGUAUUUGAUCCAAUAUAGUAAUGACUCCGGAUUGCUGUUAUUUAACCCUACAUCAGAUCUGACCAUAUUUCCGUUCGUGUUUUCUUUUGUGCUUACUUAUGGUUAUGAUAUUUAAAAAAAUCGCCCUUCCUGUUUAAGCCUGAAACUUUCAGGUGUAUGGGACACGUUUCCUUUUGUUUGUUUUUUUAUUAUUUUGUUUUUUUUUGUUCAGUCGAAAUUUUCUCUAUAUCAACAGGUUCAAGAUGUUUUGAAACCAUUUACCUUAUUUUCUUUUCUCUAAAUUCUAAGAUUUCCAACCGACUUAAUUCUACAGGAAUAAAUAUAAUUAUAUUUACUACAUAAUUUUUUUUUUUUUUUUUAAUGAAGCAAACAUAUUUUCUUUUUUAAAAUGCCAUCUUCCUAAAUAUAAAAUGACCUAAGCAAUUUAAUUUAUAUUCUGCCCUUAGGUAGAGAUUUCAAUCAAUCAGUAAUUAAAUCUCCUUAUAAAAUCAUAUCUCUGAUUCUGUUAUCUAAGAGUUGAAUCAAAUGUAUUUGACCAAAGAGAUGACAUAAACUAAACAAAAUUUAGUGUCAUAGUCAUGUGAAUGUACAACACUAUGCUCACAGCAACAAUUCAUUGUAACAACAUUCACACGGUCAUGCAUGCUUGCACCUAGUUCACACUGGCCAUUGUCUACACUCUAAUGUUUUAUUAAAUAUAGUUUUGUUUAUGGUUAUGGUUAAAAUAAAUUUUGACCACUGGCAGGAGUAGCAGCCUUCAUAACAUUAAGUACUCCUUCAUUAAGAGGUAGAGAAAUCUAGCUAGAGAAAUUAGAAUUGUUGCAUGUCUAUAUUUUAAGAACUUGUUAUUGGUUAUUCAAUGAAGGCACACGGCCUAGUGGUUAGGAUGUUGUGAUCAUGAUUUUAAUUCCCAGGUUGAGUGCAUUGUCUUCUUGAGCAAAACACUUCAUUUCACAUUGCUCCAGUCCACCCAGCUGUAAGUGAGUAACCCUGUCACAGACUGACAUCCCAUUCAGUGGAAAUGUUGUGAUCUGAGUUACUUAUAUGCUAUGGAAACUAGGUGAUCAGCCCUAUGAGUCCAAGAACUCAAGACAAUACUUGCUUUGUUGGUUAUCUUCAGUAGAUAGAAAGGAAAGAAUGUGGUGGAGUCAAGUAUUUAAUACAGGAAUUUGGAAAAGAAAAGACAGUAUUGAGAAAUGAGAAGUAGAGAAAUUGGUUCAUAAGAUGAGGAUGGCAUAACAGCGUAGGAGAAAUCAUUUUAGUAACAAGUGAGGCAGCAGAGAAAAGACAUUGACUGAUUGACACCGAACUUGUUUAUUAGAUACUCAACCAUAAUACAUUAUUGAUUCUAAAAUCUCAGACCUGGAAUGGAACUCCACAGAAAUAUUUUGUUUUCUAAAGGAUGAUAUUUCAGUUAAAUUCAGUUGACAAAGCAAAACCUCAAUUGCAAGUACGAACCUGCUUCUUUGAUACAGUAUUACUCAAAUCAAAGUUAAAUAAUCUAAAUCAGUUUGUUUCAACUUCUAUAUGGCUUGGUAAAGUUUUUACUAGAUUCUUAUAAAUCUAAAAUAUCCUUUUAAUUUCAUAUGUGUGUAAUCACAAUAAUAGAAAAUUUUGACAAUAUGAUGGCGGUAGAUUGGCAGAAUCAUAAGAGCAUUGGACAAAAUGCCAUCUCUUUACAUUCUGAGUUCAAAUCCCAUUAAGGUUGACUUUUCCUUUCACCCUUCUGGGGUCAAUAAAGUACUAGUCAAGUACUCUAUUUAAGCAAGUGUUUCCCACUCCUAUACUACAGUUUCUUGUUUUGUGCCUAAUUAGAAACUAUUAAAAGGCUGAUGGAUUAGCAUAAUUAUUAGAGCAUCAAACAAAAUGAAUUGUGAUCUUUGUUCUGAGUUCAUAUUCUGCUGAGGUCAGGUUUGCCUGUCUUAGAUUGAUAAAAUAAAGGGCUAAUUAAAACAGACCAGCCUCCUCCCCCAAAUUACUGGUCUUCUGCCUAACUAUGAAAUUAUUAUUAUUCUGUUCAGAGUCAUUAAACAUUUAUGCAACUGAAUAUUUUAGAUACAAAAGAAAAUUAAUUCGAAACUAUUUACUCUUAAAAUUAGGGAAUUUUUUUUUUUUUAAAUACAAAAUAAGGUUUAAUAAUUCCAUACUUUCAGAGACAGUAAAUAAAUAAGUUCUAAGAUUAAUUCAGUCCAUUAUACCCCUUCCUUGAAAUUAUGCCCUUAUAUUAAAAGUUUUUUUAAAAUUAUCUAUAUACCAAUUGAAAUCAAUAGAAUGCAUGAUUUUUUUUUCCAUAUGAUAACCCCUUUUUUCCCCAUUGUUGAUUAUCCCUUUCACUGCCCACUUUAAAUUACUGUGACUUUUUUUUCCAU